AUGUUGGAUCUGGUUUUGAAUUGUUGGAAAUUCAAGUAUUAUUAUAAGGAGCAAAAAUUGUUUGCUUUUAGGAUUAAAAUGUAAAUACUUAUCUUAUAGUAAUAUUAAGCUAUUUGAAAUUGAACUACCUUAAGAAUAACAAGAAUCACACAUUUCACAAAAUUAUAAAUUAUUGAAAAGAAGAGAUAAUAAAUAAAAAAAGGAGUUAAAAUGA